AAAGAAAUAUUAAAGGAAAAUCGAAGAGAAAAAAGGUCAUAAGAAAGACCUAUUCCAGAAAGAGUCGGUGGUAUAAAUAGAGGGGAGCGAGGGAAGACAUGCGGGAUUCACCAUCAUCGCCGAAGAGCGGUGGUCGGCUGUCGCUAAUGGAGAAUCUGCUCGGACUUCUCCGUAUUCGCAUCAUCCGUGGUGUCAAUCUCGCUGUUCGUGAUGUUCGUAGCAGCGAUCCUUAUGUCGUCGUCAAGAUGGGCAAACAAAAACUGAAGACUCGGGUGAUAAAGAAGGAUGUCAAUCCUGAAUGGAAUGAAGAUCUAACUCUUACUGUCAGCGAUCCGAAUCUUCCAAUUAAGCUGACUGUUUACGAUCACGACACAUUUACCAAGGACGAUAAAAUGGGACGUGCGGAGUUCGAUAUCAAAUCGUUCAUGGAAGCCCUGAAGAUGAACUUGAAAAAUCUUCCCAGUGAAACCAUAAUCACACGAUUGCUACCGAGCAGGCAAAACUGUCUUGCCGAAGAGAGCUGUAUUGUGUGGAAAAAUGGUAAGGUAGUCCAAGAUAUCUACCUCAGAUUGAAAAAUGUCGAAUGCGGGGAAGUCGAAAUUCAAUUACAGUGGAUUGAACUUCCAAAAUCCAAAGGCUAAAAGACGAUUCGGUUCAUCAACACCCCUCGCUAGCUAGUAAGGUCAUUCCACUCUCUAUGGUUUUCCUUCUUCAAGAUAUUUGUAUAGGAUUUCUAUCAUUCUUACGAUUCUAUGUAUCUUAGUCAGUCUAUAUUAUGCUUGAUUUGUAGCAUAUUAUGUAAGGAUGAUAGUCUCUUCGACUUCGGCUUCUAAUGAAUAUCUUGAAUAAGUUGAUUUUACUCUUGA